AUGGUUUUGCGGCAGUUGUUGUUGCCGGAGCUGUUCUUGAUUAUUCCACGGCAGCAGUUGUUCUGGCUGAUGAAUAUGGCAGAUGAUUAUGGUUUUCCGCUAGUUGUUGUUGCCGGAUCUAUUCUUGAUUAUUCCACGGCGCCAAAUAUUCAGGUUGAUGAAUAUGAUUUUGCGGCAGUUGUUGUUGCCGGCGUUGUUCCUGAUUAUUCCACCGCGGCAGCUUUUGUCGUUAAGGCUGAUGAAUAUGGUUUACCGGCGUUUGUUGUUGCCGGAGUUGUUCUUGAUUUUUCCACGGCGGCAGUUGUUCAGGCUGAUGAAUAUGGUUUUGCGGCAGUUGUUGUUGCCGGAGCUGUUCUUGAUUAUUCCACGGCAGCAGUUGUUUUGGCUGAUGAUUAUGGUUUUGCGGCAGAUGUUGUUGCCGGAGCGGUUCCUGAUUAUUCCACCGCGGCAGUUGUUGUUGAGGCUGAUGAAUAUUGUUUAGCGGCGGUUAUUUUCGGCGGAGCUGUUCUUGAUUAUUCCACAACGGCAAUUGUUCAGGCUGAUGAUUAUGGUUUUGCGCCAAUUGUUGUUGACGGAUCUGUUCUUGAUUAUUCCACGACGCCGAUUAUGCAGGCUGACGAAUAUGUUUUUGCGGUAGUUGUUGUUGCCGGCGCUGUUCCUGAUUGUUCCUCCGCAACAGCUGUUGUCGUUAAGGCUGAUGAAUAUGGUUUACCGGCGUUUGUUGUUGCCGGAGUUGUUCUUGAUUUUUCCACGGCGGCAGUUGUUCAGGCUGAUGAAUAUGGUUUUGCGGCAGUUGUUGUUGCCGGAGCUGUUCUUGAUUAUUCCACGGCAGCAGUUGUUUUGGCUGAUGAUUAUGGUUUUGCGGCAGAUGUUGUUGCCGGAGCGGUUCCUGAUUACUCCACCGCGGCAGUUGUUGUUGAGGCUGAUGAAUAUUGUUUAACGGCGGUUAUUUUCGGCGGAGCUGUUCCUGAUUAUUCAACAACGGCAGUUGUUCAUGAUGAUGAUUAUGGUUUUGCGCCAAUUGUUGUUGACGGAUCUGUUCUCGAUAAUUCCACGACGCCAAUUAUGCAGGCUGACGAAUAUGUUUUGGUGGUAGUUGUUGUUGCCGGCGCUGUUCCCGAUUAUUCCACCGCAACAGCUGUUGUCGUUAAGGCUGAUGAAUAUGGUUUACCGGCGUUUGUUGUUGCUGGAGAUGUUCUUGAUUUUUCCACGGGGGCAGUUGUUCAGGCUGACGAAUAUGGUUUUGCGGCAGUUGUUGUUGCCGGAGUUGUUCUUGAUUAUUCCACGGCAGCAGUUGUUUUGGCUGAUGAUUAUGGUUUUGCGGCAGAUGUUGUUGCCGGAGCGGUUCCUGAUUAUUCCACCGCGGCAGUUGUUGUUGAGGCUGAUGAAUAUGGUUUAGCGGCGGUUAUUGUUGGCGGAGCUGUUCUUGAUUAUUCCACAACGGCAGUUGUUCAGGCUGAUGAUUAUGGUUUUGCGCCAGUUGUUGUUGCCGGAUCAAUUCUUGAUUAUUCCACAACGCCAACUAUUCUGGCUGAUGAAUAUGGUUUUGCGGCAGUUGUUGUUGCCGGCGUUGUUCCUGAUUAUUCCGCCGCAGCAGUUGUUGUCGUUAAGGCUGAUGAAUAUGGUUUAUCGGCGUUUGUUGUUGCCGGAGUUGUUCUUGAUUUUUCCACGGCGGCAGUUGUUCAGGCUGUUGAAUAUGGUUUUGCGGCAGUUGUUGUUGUUGCUGGAGCUGUUCUUGAUUAUUCCACGGCAGCAGUUGUUCUGGCUGAUGAAUAUGGUUUUGCGGCAGAUGUUUUUGCCGGAGCGGUUCCUGGUUAUUCCACCGCGGCAGUUGUUGUUGAGGCCGAUGAAUAUGGUUUAGCGGCGGUUAUUUUCGGCGGAGCUGUUCUUGAUUAUUCCACAACGGCAGUUGUUCAGGCUGAUGAUUAUGGUUUUCCGCUAGUUGUUGUUGCCGGAUCUGUUCUUGAUUAUUCCACGGCGCCAAAUAUUCAGGUUGAUGAAUAUGAUUUUGCGGCAGUUGUUGUUGGCGGCGUUGUUCCUGAUUAUUCCACCGCGGCAGCUGUUGUCGUUAAGGCUGAUGAAUAUGGUUUAUCGGCGUUUGUUGUUGCCGGAGUUGUUCUUGAUUUUUCCACAGCGGCAGUUGUUCAGGCUGAUGAAUAUGGUUUUGCGGCAGUUGUUGUUGCCGGAGCUGUUCUUGAUUAUUCCACGGCAGCAGUUGUUUUGGCUGAUGAUUAUGGUUUUGCGGCAGAUGUUGUUGCCGGACCGGUUCCUGAUUAUUCCACCGCGGCAGUUGUUGUUGAGGCUGAUGAAUAUUGUUUAGCGGCGGUUAUUUUCGGCGGAGCUGUUCUUGAUUAUUCAACAACGGCAGUUGUUCAGGCUGAUGAUUAUGGUUUUGCGCCAGUUGUUGUUGCCGGAUCAAUUCUUGAUUAUUCCACAGCGUCAACUAUUCAGGCUGAUGAAUAUGGUUUUGCGGCAGUUAUUGUUGCCGGCGUUGUUCGUGAUUAUUCCGCCGCAGCAGUUGUUGUCGUUAAGGCUGAUGAGUAUGGUUUAUCAGCGUUUGUUGUUGCCGGAGCUGUUCUUGAUUUUUCCACGGCGGCAGUUGUUCAGGCUGUUGAAUAUGGUUUUGCGGAAGUUGUUGUUGCUGGAGCUGUUCUUGAUUAUUCCACGGCAGCAGUUGUUCUGGCUGAUGAUUAUGGUUUUGCGGCAGAUGGUUUUGCCGGAGCGGUUCCUGAUUAUCCCACCGCGGCAGUUGUUGUUGAGGUCGAUGAAUAUGGUUUAGCGGCGGUUAUUUUCGGCGGAGCUGUUCUUGAUUAUUCCACAACGGCAGUUGUUCAGGCUGAUGAUUAUGGUUUUGCGCUAGUUGUUGUUGCCGGAUCUGUUCUUGAUUAUUCUACGGCGCCAAAUAUUCAGGUUGAUGAAUAUGAUUUUGCGGCAGUUGUUGUUGCCGGCGUUGUUCCUGAUUAUUCCACCGCGGCAGCUGUUGUCGUUAAGGCUGAUGAAUAUGGUUUACCGGCAUUUGUUGUUGCCGGAGUUGUUCUUGAUUUUUUCACGGCGACAGUUGUGCAGGCUGAUGAAUAUGGUUUUGCGGCAGUUGUUGUUGCCGGAGCUGUUCUUGAUUAUUCCACGGCAGCAGCUGUUUUGGCUGAUGAUUAUGGUUUUGCGGCAGAUGUUGUUGCCGGAGCGGUUCCUGAUUAUUCCACCGCGGCAGUUGUUGUUGAGGCUGAUGAUUAUGGUUUAGCGAUGGUUAUUGUUGGCGGAGUUGUUCUUGAUUAUUUCACAACGGCAGUUGUUCAGGCAGAUGAUUAUGGUUUUGCGCUAGUUGUUGUUGCCGGAUCUGUUCUUGAUUAUUCCACGGUGCCAAAUAUUCGGGCUGAUGAAUAUGGUUUUGCGGCAGUUGUUGUUGCCGGCGCUGUUCCUGAUUAUUCCACAGCGACAGCUAUUGUCGUUAAGGCUGAUGAAUAUGGUUUACCGGCGUUUGUUGUUGCCGGAGCUAUUCUUGAUUUUUCCACGGCGGCAGUUGUUCAGGCUGAUGAAUAUGGUUUUGCGGCAGUUGUUGUUGCCGGAGCUGUUCUUGAUUAUUCCACGGUAGCAGUUGUUCUUGAGGCUGAUGAAUAUGGUUUAGCGGCGGUUAUUUUCGGCGGAGCUGUUCUUUAUUAUUCCACAACGGCAGUUGUUCAGGCUGAUGAUUAUGGUUUUGCGCUAGUUGUUGUUGCCGGAUCUAGUCUUGAUUAUUCCACGGCGCCAAAUAUUCAGGCUGAUGAAUAUGGUUUUGCGGCAGUUGUUGUUGCCGGCGCUGUUCCUGAUUAUUCCACCGCGACAGCUAUUGUCGUUAAGGCUGAUGAAUAUGGUUUACCGGCGUUUGUUGUUGCCGAAGCUAUUCUUGAUUUUUCCACAGCGGCAGUUGUUCAGGCUGAUGAAUAUGGUUUUGCGGCAGUUGUUGUUGCCGGAGCUGUUCUUGAUUAUUCCACGGUAGCAGGUGUUCUGGCUGAUGAAUAUGGUUUUGCGGAAGAUGUUGUUGCCGGAGCAGUUCUUGAUUAUUCCACCGCGGCAGUUGUUGUUGAGGCUGAUUAAUAUGGUUUAGCGGCUGUUAUUGUUGGCGGAGCUGUUCUUGAUUAUUCCACAACGGCAGUUGUUCAGGCUGAUGAUUAUGGUUUUGCGCCAGUUGUUGUUGCCGGAUCAAUUCUUGAUUAUUCUACAGCGCCAACUAUUCAGGCUGAUGAAUAUGGUUUUGCGGCAGUUGUUGUUGCCGGCGUUGUUCCUGAUUAUUCCGCCGCAGCAUUUCUUGUCGUUAUGG